AAAAUAAAAUAAAUAAAAAACGAUACGAUGCGUUUUGUUGCCGCCGGCAACUGAAAAAAAAAUAAAAAAAAAGACAUGAACACAAAAAGUCUCUGUGAAAGUGAAGAAACCACCAUGGAAAUCGAAGGCGAAGACGGCACGAAGCUCUUCCUGAAGACCGGAGUUAAGGAUGUAUUCGGAAGAGGAGCGGGAUUCAACACCGAAGACCUAACAGUGUCACGCCGCCAUGUUUCACUCGUAUUCAAACCCGCCGCCGCCGGAACCGAACCGUCCGAUAUGGUUUCCUUCGAGGUUCUCGGGAGGAAUCCAGUCUGGAUAAGGGCCGUUGAAAAGGGCAAAAAGAUUCAAACUUUGAGGAAACCCGAGACUGGAGAAAUCGCCACCGGCGAUCAAUUUUGUGUAUCGGGUAAUCACCCCAUUUGGUUCACUUUGAAGAGACGCGAUGAAGUUAUGGAGGAGCGAGCAUUGGAUCAUGGUGAAAUCGAAUUGAAUAUUGAUCCUGUUAAAGAGUUUGGAUUUCUUGUGAUUGGGAAAGAAUUUGAUCAGUAUCCAAAGAGUAGGGUGCGUGACAUAAAGCAAUGGGAAUGGUUUUUAGAGGAUUCCACUAAUGGAAAUAGCGAUGGUGAUGAAGAUGGAGAUAAGAAGGGAAGGAAGGGAUUAGGGAAAAAGAGAAGAAGGAAGAAAGGGAAUGAGGAUGAUGAUUGGAGUGUGGAAAGUGAUGAAGAUAAAGAGUUGAUGGUGAAAUCAAAAAGAGUUGUGACUCCUACUUACUCGACUAGAUCCAAGAAGACGAAGAAAGAUUCAAACGCUAGUAGUAGUAGUAGUAAUGGUGCUCAAACUAAACAGCGUGGAAGAGCAGAUGUCGAGGAAGAAGAUGAUGAUGAUGAAACAUUGGGAGGUUUCAUUGUUAGUGAUGAAGAAGCUAAGUUAGAAGAAGAAGAAGAAGAAGAAGACGAAUCAGAUGUAGAUGAUGAAGAAGAUGAAGACGAAGAAGAAGAAGAAUAAUAGCUGAAGUCUCCUAAUAAACCUGAAAUGUAAGCAAAUCUAAUCUUCUUCCUUUUACAACGACAAUCUUUUGUUCAAUAGUGUACUGUGUCUGUCUGAACUGAGAUUUCUGAUCAUAUGAUAUAUUAUUUGUUCAUUUGUACGAGUACAGUACUUGUGAAAUUCUCUACAACAUUACAGCUUCUAAUUUGGGGGUUUGAUUGCUAAAAAACGUUGCCG